UGGUACUUCUCCUUGUUGGCUGUGUGAGCGCACCAGAGGAGUGUCACCUAAAGUCGACGAUUCGUAUCGAAAUGUGAGGCAAACGACGGGGAAUUUCAAACAACAUUGCCUAAAUGAUGGAACUGAUAAAAUGGCAGAGAAAACCAUGACCUGACCUGUAUCUGGGCUGGACUAUCUUGUCAUUAAUCAAGCCUAUUACAUUGUAUCUGAAUCCAUAAGACAAUUAAGUCAUAUGCAAUCAUAAAAAUAUCUGAGUUACACAGUACCCAUCAUCAAGCCUAGAGAGAUGGUCCUUUCCGAGAAGAGCUCCAGGGCCUCGGGGCCUAAGAAAGCAUGCAGAAAAUGGGGCCUAUGGCCCCAGAGUUUCCCCUCCCCGGCCCUGUGCUGCGCCUGUGGCCUGGGGAUCAUGCUGGCAGGCAUCAACAUCACCUUGGUGGGGGCUUUCACUUUCAAGUCCUUCAUCCCCGCCAGCAACCCAUCCAUCGUCAUUGGGCCACUGCUCCUAAUAGUGGCUCUGUCCUUUUUUGGGGCAUGCUGCAUGUGUAGCCGACGGGCUCCGGCCCGCGAUACCCGUAAGGCAAAGGGGGGCGAGAGCUGGGGGCUGAUGCGGAUGGGGGCCGGCGCAACGUUUGAGAUGGAGACGAGCGAACACACGCUGCAGGACACCACCGCCGUGCAGCUCAGUCCCACCAACUCCCCGACCUCCUCCCACAAGUCUAGUAACUCCACCCAUAGGGACACCCCUGCACUGCGGGCCUGUGAGGAUGACCCUGCCUCCAGGGCCUGCGAGCUCACCACCUCAGAGACCUAUAAUAUAGAUGUGACACCUGAUGACCAGGUCUUGACCGCAGAGGACCAGGCAAUGACCUCUGAGGACCAGGCAUUCACCACUGAGAACAAGGCAUUGACCACUGAUGACCAGGCAUUGACCUCUGAGGACCAGGCAUUGACCUCUGAGGACCAGGUAUUGCCCUCUGAGGACCAGGCAAUGACCUCUGAGGACCAGGACACCCCUGCACUGCGGGCCUGUGAGGAUGACCCUGCCUCCAGGGCCUGCGAGCUCACCACCUCAGAGACCUAUAAUAUAGAUGUGACACCUGAUGACCAGGUCUUGACCACUCAGGACCAGGCAUUGGCCUCUGAGGACUAGGCAUUGUCAUCUGAGGACUAGACAUUGACCUCUGAGGACCAGGCAUUGACCUCUGAUAUUGAUUAUAAGGAGAGCAUCCAGAUGAAGGCUAUACACAAGCCUUACCUAACAUAGCAGGGCUGUCUCCUGGUUAUUACAUAAGCUGGUGCCGUAUACUCCUCUGGUACUGUAUACAGUGCAUUUGGAAAGUAUUCAGACCCUUUCACCUUUUCUGCAUUUUGUUACGUUACAGCCUUAUUCUAAAAUGUAUUAAAUCAUUUUUCAAUCUACACACAAUACCCCACAAAGCAAAAACAUUUUUUUAUAUAUAUAUAAAUAUAAAUAUUUGUAUUUUAUUUAUUUAAAUGGCAAUAUAACAUUUACUUAAGUAUUCAGACCCUUUACUCAGUACUUUGUUGAAGCACCGUUGGCAGCAAUAACAGCCUUCGAGUCUUCUUGGGUAUGACGCUACAAGCUUGACACACCUGUAUUUGGGGAGUUUCUCCCAUUCGUCUCUGCAGGUCCUCUCAAGCUCUGUCAGGUUGGAUGGGGAGCGUCACAGCACAGCUAUUUUCAGGUCUCUACAGAGAUGUUUGAUUGGGUUCAAGUCCGGGCUCUGGCUGGGCCACUCAAGGAUACUCAAAGACUUGUCCUGAAGUCACUCCUGGGUUGACUUGGCUGUGUGCUUAGGGUCGCUGUCCUGUUGGAAGGCGAACCUUCGUCCCAGUCUGAGGUCCUGAGCGCUCUGGAGCAGGUUUUCAUCAAGGAUCUCUCUUUUCUUUGCUCCUUUCAUCUUUCCCUCGAUCCUGACUAGUCUCCCAGUCCCUGCUGCUAAAAAACAUCCCCACAGCAUGAUGCUGCCACCUCCAUGCUUCACCGUAGGGAUGGUGCGAUGUUUCCUCCAGAUGUGACACUUGACAUUCAGGCCAAAGAGUUUAAUCUUGGUUUCAUCAGACCGGAGAAUCUUAUUUCUCAUGGUGAGAGUUCUUUAGGUGCCUUUUAGUAAACUCCAAGCAGGCUGUCAUGUGCCUUUUACUGAGGAGUGGCUUCCAUCUGGCCACUCUACCAUAAAGGCCUGAUUAGUGGAGUGCUGCAGAGAUGGUUAUCCUCCUGGGUGGUUCUCCCAUCUCCACAGAGGAACACUGGAGCUCUGUCAGAGUGACCAUCGGGUUCUUGGUCACCUCCCUGAUUGCUCAGUUUGGCCGGGCGGCGAGCUCUAGGAAGGGUCUUGGUGGUUCUGAACUUCUUCCAUUUAAGAAUGAUGGAGGCCACUGUGUUCUUGGGGCCCUUCAAUGCUGCAGAAAUGCUUUGGUACCCUUCCCCAGAUCUGUGCCUCGACACAAUCGGAGCUCUACGGACAAUUCCUUCGACCUCAUGGCUUGGUUUUUGCUCUGACAUGCACUGUCAACUGUGGUACCUUAUAUAGACAGGUGUGUGCCUUUCCAAAUCACGUCUAAUCAAUUGAAUUUACCACAAGUGGACUCCAAUCAAGUUGUAGAAACAUCUCAAGGAUGAUCAAUGGAACAGGAUGCACCUGAGCUCAAUUUCGAGUCUCAUAGGAAAGGGUCUGAAUACUUAUGUAAAUAAGGUAUUUCUUCUUUUUUUUCAUAUAAAUUUGCAUUUCUAACAUUUCUAACACAUUUCUAAAAACCUGUAUUCGCUUUGUCAUUAUGGGGCAUUGUGUGUAGAUUGAUGAGGAUUUUUUAAAAUAAGGCUGUUACGUAACAAAAUGAGGAAAAGGGGAAGGGGUCUGAAUACUUCCCGAAUGCACUGUAAACUGUGGGUACUGGAGUCUCUGGUCAAGAAGUUUCAUCCUGGAUAUUUUUGGGGGAUCAUUUGAACUCAUUAAUGGCCAUGAUCUACGGUGGGCUGUCGUCAUGAACCCAAUUGUAAAAUGGGAUGAAGUGCAUGUUCGAAAAACGAAAAACAAAUCAAUAUGUUCUACUGUGCAUAUUUUUAAAGGACUGUUACAUUAUGUAUUUAAACUUAACCUUGUCCCCAGACUCAAUUGCUAUGACAGAAAGCCGGCUGAAGGAUGAGGUUAAUUCAGACGUGGAAAGAGGUGUUGACUAGAUUAUCUCAGAUAUUAUAAGAGCAAGCUCUGCCAGUCAGUCUCAGCGUCAGUUAAUGUCUGCGUCCCAAAUGGCACCAUAUUCCCUUUAGGGCUCUGGUUUAAAGGAGUGCACUAUAAUGGAAAUAGGUGCCAUUUGGGACACGUAAAUAUGAGGAGGGGAAAAAAUGAAGAAGAGGAGAACUAAGCCUCUGAUUCGUUGUAGAUUGUGUCGGUCUCCCUGUCUGGCUAAAUCUAGUCCGCAGUAUGAUAAAAAAAUCAUGUUAAUCUUGUUUGAAUGUUGUACUAAGAUCUGGGGACUGUGGGGAGGAUGAUGGCUACAUUUACAGCAAAACCCCCUUUGGCGAGGAGCUUAUAUGAAGUACAGUUAAAUAAUUUAAAGGGACAGUUCACCCAAAUUAGACAAAUCCAGUAAGCAAUCUUUGGACAACGUAAAACAGCAAUCUGUGCUUUGGUUUUGUGUACCUGGCCACCUGACUACAUAUCCGUUAAGGAAACCAAGAUGUAAUGUAGUAAUUUGGGUGAACUAUGCCUUUAAGACUGUAAAAACAUCAUGGCCAGUACCAGCAUAGACCCUGCACAGACCCUGUCCUACUAUUUUGAGGUAUUCUUAUUUAUUUUCUUGGCCUAUUGGUAAAUCCUGUUACCUUGGACACCGUAUGUACAGUACAAAGGGACAACUUAGUAUUUACAGCAAAGUAAGGCUCCUUUCGUCAUGAAAGCUGGUGAAUCAUUGGCUAGCAGAAACUGUGAUUCCUGUCAUUUUCUCUCUGUGUCACCUGCAGGUAUUGCCUUGUAGUACUAAUGUAGAGCAUUAAAAUACAUAUGUCCUUUGUAUUUUUUUCUUAUACUGUAUGCUAGGAUGAGGGAGAUGUUAUUCGAUGUAACUGUUGUACAAUAAAUGUGAUGGGUUUGUUGGGAAAACAUAAAGAAAAUACUGUUUGCAAC